AUGGACACACUAAAAAAGUCUCAUGGAGCAAACUCAAGCCCUCUAACUCCCAUUGUCUUUCUUGAGAGGGCAGCCACCGUAUACUCCAACUCUCCGGCAACCAUAUACAACCACAUAACCUACACAUGGGCCGAUACCUACCGGCGGUGUCGACGAUUAGCAUCCUCCAUAUCCCGUCUCGCCAUUCGCAAAGGCGACGUUGUUUCCGUCCUUGCCCCGAACAUCCUCGCCACCUACGAGCUUCAUUUUGCGGUCACCAUGACCGGGGCCAUAAUCAACACCAUUAACACGCGUUUGGACGCCCAUACGGUCUCCAUAAUCCUCCGUCACAGCGAAUCCAAACUCGUUUUUGUUGACUACCAGUUAGCCAGUUUAAUACUGGAAGCGGUGAGUCUGCUCUCUGAGGAGCAGACCCACCCGCAACUUAUUCUUAUAACUGAUGACGGGUCUCCAUCAUCAGUUAUAAAUAGUUUCGUUAACAGUUACGAAACUAUGGUGGAAGCGGGUGACCCAGAAUUCAAAUGGGUUCGCCCAGAAACGGAUUGGGAUCCGUUGUCAUUGAACUACACCUCGGGGACGACUUCGUCCCCGAAAGGCGUGGUUCAUAGUCAUCGCGGGACGUACAUCGGCGCAGUUUCGUCUCUUUUAGAGUGGUUUGUACCGAAACAACCGGUUUACUUGUGGACUUUACCGAUGUUCCAUGCUAAUGGAUGGGGUUAUAUUUGGGGUAUGGUGGCUAUUGGUGCCACCAAUGUGUGUCUACGUAGAUUUGAUGCGUCUAUAAUAUACGAUGCUAUUCAUAACUACCGCGUGAGUCACAUGUGUGCUGCACCGGUUGUGCUCAACAUGCUAUCCGAGUGUAAACCUCUUCGCCAUACGGUUCAAUUAAUGACCGGCGGAUCACCGCCUCCUGCCGCGGUGCUAUUACAAACUGAGGCUCUCGGAUUUGAGGUGACCCAUGGAUACGGGUUGACGGAAGCAAAUGGGGUUGCAUUGGUUUGUGCAUGGAAGAAAGAGUGGAACCGGUUUCCGGAUACCGAGAGAGCUCGAUUAAAAGCAAGGCAAGGAGUGAAAACCCUCGGGAUGACGAUGGUGGAUGUAGUGGAUCCUGAGUCGGGAGUGAGUGUGACUCGGGACGGGUUGACUCUUGGGGAGAUCGUGCUACAAGGUGGGUGUAUCAUGUUGGGUUACCUUAAAGAUCCCGAGUUAACCGCCAAAUGCAUUAGAAACGGGUGGUAUUACACGGGGGACGUAGGGGUGAUGCACCCGGAUGGGUAUUUAGAAAUCAAAGAUAGAUCAAAAGAUAUAAUCAUAAGCGGCGGGGAGAAUGUGAGCACCGUGGAGGUGGAGUCAGUAUUGUACUCUCACCCCACGGUGAACGAGGCCGCGGUUGUGGGGCGGCCUGAUAAGUUCUGGGGCGAGACGCCGUGUGCGUUCGUGAACAUGAAGAAUAAUGGGGGGAAGCCCGCUGUGGCUACCGCGGAGGAGAUAAUGAAGUUUUGUAAGAGUAAGUUACCGGGAUUUAUGGUGCCAAAAUCGGUUAUUUUUAAGGAGGAUCUUCCGAAGACUUCGACUGGAAAGAUUCAAAAGAAUGUGCUUAGAGAAAUUGUUAAAAGUAUGGGAGUUCCUAGUCGACUAUAAGUUGUUCCACACAACCGAACUAGAAUGAA